GUCCUCCCGCAGCUGAGCCCGAGCGAACAGCAAACGGGAGUCUGGGCAGAGCAGCAUGAACAUUGGAGCUUGGGCUGCCAGGGGUGCGGGCGGCAGGCACAAACGGGAGUGAUACCUGUGAGAGCAGCAGCUGCGGAGCACUUGGGAGAGGGCGUGGCCAGGAUGCCGCAAGGCCAUGGGCCGGAGGAGUCGGAGCCGGGCUGCGAGGCGCCGUGCGCGGGUCCGUGCCACGCGCAGCGCGUACUGCAGACCCUGAACGCCUACCGGCGGAGCGGCACCCUCACCGACGUGGUGCUGCGCGCCGGCGGCAGCGACUUUCCGUGCCACCGCGCGGCGCUCAGCGCGGGCAGCGCCUACUUCCGCAGCUUGUUCGCGGCCGGGCGGCCCGAGCGCGGCCCGGCCGUGGUGCCAGUGGUGCCGGUGGCUCCCGAGGCGCCAGGCACGAGCCCUACCGGGGCGGCGGCGGCACUGGCCGUGGUGCUCGACUACGUGUACGGAGCGGGCGUGCGGCUGCGCGCGGAGGACGAGGCGGCGGCCGUGCUGGCGCUGGCGGAGCGGCUGGGCGUGGCGGGCCUGCGCGAGGCCUGCGUGCGCUUCCUCGAGGGCCGCCUGCGUGCCGCCAACAGCCUAGCGCUGCGCCGCGUGGCCGCCGCCUUCUCGCUGGCCCCACUGGCCGAGCGCUGCGGCCGCGUCCUGCGCCAGGCCUUCGCCGAGGUGGCGCGCCACGCCGACUUCCUGGAGCUGGCGCCUGACGAGGUGGCGGCGCUGCUGGCUGACCCCGCGCUGGGCGUGGCGCGCGAGGAAGCCGUGUUUGAGGCGGCCAUGCGCUGGGUGCGCCACGACGCGCCGGCCCGCCGCGGGCAGCUGCGACGCCUGCUGGAGCACGUGCGCCUGCCGCUACUGGCGCCCGCCUAUUUCCUGGAAAAGGUGGAGGCGGACGAGCUGCUGCAGGCCUGCGGCGAGUGCCGCCCGCUGCUGCUCGAGGCUCGCGCCUGCUUCAUCCUGGGCCGCGAGGCCGGUGCGCUGCGGACCCGGCCGCGGAGAUUCAUGGACCUAGCUGAAGUGAUCGUGGUCAUCGGCGGUUGCGACCGCAAAGGUCUCCUGAAGCUGCCCUUCACCGAUGCCUACCACCCAGAGAGCCAGCGGUGGACCCCACUGCCCAGCCUGCCCGGCUACACUCGCUCAGAAUUCGCCGCCUGUGCUUUCCGCAAUGACGUCUACGUCUCCGGAGGCCACAUCAGCAGUCACGAUGUGUGGAUGUUUAGCUCCCAUCUGCACACCUGGAUCAAGGUAGCCUCUCUGCACAAGGGCAGGUGGAGGCACAAGAUGGCAGUUGUGCAGGGGCAGCUGUUCGCGGUGGGUGGCUUCGACGGCCUGAGGCGCCUGCACAGCGUGGAGCGCUACGACCCCUUCUCCAACACCUGGGCGGCCGCCGCGCCCCUCCUGGAGGCUGUGAGCUCGGCGGCGGUGGCGUCCUGCGCGGGCCAGCUCUUCGUGAUCGGGGGUGCCAGGCAGGGUGGCGUCAACACGGACAAGGUGCAGUGCUUUGACCCCAAGGAGGACCGGUGGAGCCUGCGGUCACCAGCACCCUUCUCACAGCGGUGUCUCGAGGCCAUCUCCCUUGAGGACACCAUCUAUGUCCUGGGGGGUCUCAUGAGCAAAAUCUUCACCUAUGAUCCAGGCACAGAUGUGUGGGGGGAGGCAGCUGUCCUCCCCAGCCCUGUGGAAAGCUGUGGAGUCACUGUGUGUGAUGGGAAGGUCCACAUCCUUGGCGGGCGGGAUGAUCGUGGAGAAAGCACCGAUAAGGUCUUCACCUUUGACCCCAGCAGUGGGCAGGUGGAGGCCCAGCCAUCCCUGCAGCGCUGCACCAGCUCCCACGGCUGUGUCACCAUCAUCCAGAGCUUGGGCAGGUGACUCAGAUUUGGACAGCCUGAGCCACGAGGCGGAGAGGUAGGCGGAGCUCAGGUGCGCACUCUGCUCCCUCAUGGCACCUCUACGCAAACAGCCCUUAAUUUAAUGGUCCCUUUUCUUGUAUAAAUAAAACCUUGUUGGGUCUGUGUUCCAGCUGCAGUCUGCCCUGCCUGGAGAUGGAAUGUCUAAUAUU